AUGAUAUAUAAUGUUAGCGUUGGCAGUAAGAAACACAGACUCACCAUGAAGGCUGUAGGGGCUCUGCUUCUUAUAGUGGCCCUGGUAGCCGUCCGGGCUUUUCCGCACACUUGCUCAGAAGGCGGCAAUUCUGGAGAUCCAAACAACGGUGGACCGGACAAUAGACAUGAUUCUGAAGAAUGCAAUCACCAGCCUGAACAUGGAGACAAUACAAACGAUAAGGAAGUACGUGAUGAACAUCGUGACAAGCCUGAACGCAAUAGAAACACGAACAAUGACAGACACUCGAUAAACAAUAAUAACAAUGGUGGAAAGACCCACGGUAAUGCAGCUAAAAAUCAUCACCAUCAUCAAAAGAAGACUAAUGAACGUAAUCACAACGUUGGUAACCAUGGCAACGCAGGUUCUAACGGCGGAGGAUCUGGUCAAGGCGGGACAAAUGACAAUAAUGGCUAUAAUACAAACACGGGCUCCAACAACCAUAAUUUAAAUAAUGGUAAUGGUAGACCGAAUCAAGGCAAUGACAAAAAGCAUCAUCAUCAUAAAAGACCGAACAAUAAUAACGGAGGUUCAGCAAACAGUGAAGCAACUGGUCACGCCGUAAAUGAUGACAACAAUGGCCGAAGUACAGUUGACUCGGAAUCUAGAAGCGAUGCCAGAACUGCUAGUAAUGACGGGACCACCUCAGCUAAUAGUGGAGCGACUGGGCAUGCUAAUAGAAACGACAAUGGUGGUAGUACUACAGUUGCUACCGAUUCUAACAGUCAUGCUGAAAAUAACGAGAAUAGAGGAGCAGGGCUGCCUCAAAGCCAUGUUAACAAUCACCACCACCACCAUCACCAUCAUAAUAAUGAUAAUCACAAUAAUGAUGAAGGAAAAGGCUCAGCUCACGGUGAAGCUACCGGUCACGCCGAAUCAGAAGGUAAUAGUGACCGCAGUUCAGUUGAUACAACAUCUAACAGUAAUGCGAGAUCCGAUGAUAGUGGAAAUAGCUCGGCCAAUGGUGAAGUUACUGGUCGCGCCGAUACUAAUGACAAUAGUGGUACAACUACUGUUGUCACUACAUCUAACAGUCGUACUGAAAACAAUAACAACGGAGGAGGGGUGAAUCAAGGUAAUGUCAAGAAGCACCAUCAUCAUCAUCAUCAUGAUAGGCCACACGAUAAUAACGAGGGACAUGACGCUCACGGAAACGGCAAUAGUGGCGGUAAUACCAAUAGCAACGGAGGACCGAAUCAAGGCAAUAAUAAUGAAGGUCAAGGCUCAGCCCAUGGCGAAGCCACUAGUCAUGCCGACGCAAAUAAUAAAAACGAGCACAGUUCUGCGAAUUCGACGUCCAAUAGUGAUGCUAGAACUGAUAACAACGGAGGGACUAGCUCAGCCAGUGGUGAAGCUACUAGUCAUGCAGAAACAAAUGAUAAUGGUAGCAGUACUGCAGUUGACACCAGGUCUACCAGUCAUGUUGAAAAUGACGGGGGCGGAGGAAACGGGCCGAGCCAAGGUGAUGGUAAGAAGCAUCACCAGCAUCCUCAUCAUCAUCAUCAUCACCAUCAUCACAGACAUGAUAAUAACGAAGGACAAGGCUCAGCUCAUGGCGAAGCCAACGGUCACGCCGAAAAUAACGAAAAUGGUGACAGUAAUAGGAAUCAUGAGGAAUGCAAUGAUGAAAAUCACGGAAAUUCAGGGGAAGGUUCAACUGAGGGUAAUCCUCAUAGCCACAUCAAGAACCACAGAAAUGGAGGCAAGCAUCAUCAUCAUAAAAGACACAGAACUAAAACUCGAACUGGUAGCCAUGUUGACCAUGACGGCAGUGGCGACAGCUCUGAUAAUGACCAUGAUCAGAAUCAUAGAGAUGGAGGUAAACAUCACCAUCAUCAUCAUCACCACCAUAGAAGACAUGGUUCUACAGUUCAUACUGAAUCUAAUAGUAACAGUCAGGCUGACAAUGACGGAAACAGCUCAGAUCAUGGCAGCGGUACGACAGUCAUCACCGAACCUAACAACCAUAGAAAUGGAAGGAAGCAUCAUCAUGAUCAUAAACAUCAUCGCUCUACAGUUCAUAAUACAACGAAUAGCCACGUUGAAAAUGGUGGAAACGAAGGUGAUCAUGACGGAAGCUGCGAGUAUGACGGUCACGGAUCAGAGCAUAACCACGAUCACGAUCAUGACGAAGAUCACAAUGGCGGUCCCAGACAUCAUCAUCAUCAUCACCAUCACCAUCAUCAUCAUAAACGACAUGACAUUUCAGAAAAUAAUGGCAACGGAGGAAAAAGUUCUGCUUCGAGCGAAGCUUCUGGCCACGCUGAAGCAAGCAACGAUGAAAGCACUACUGUAGUUGACGCUACAUCUAAUAGUCGAGCCGACAGUAAUGACAAUGAUGGGAACAGCCCCAGCGACGGCCAUGUAAGAAACCAUGUCAGAAAACACCACAAAAGAACAACCCGAAGAAGGAUACACCGUAGGAAACACAAUACAGUUCACAACCACCAUAGGAUUCAUACAGUUACUACCCGAAAUAGAAACGAACAUGUUAGGAAUCAUAUAAAUGAUGUGAAAUCUGUUAGUUCUACUGCUACUGCAGGAUCAGCUGCAGAGGUCACACACAGAGGUCGGACAAGAUGUCACAGACCUCACCAUGAUCAUCAUGAUACGGACAAUAAUAAUUCAGGUGUAAAUACUGCAACUAACACUGGAACCACAACUACGACUACAGUAACUGGAACGGGUUUAACUGCUACAUCUAACAGCGAUGCGACUGCCACUGCCAUAAAUGAAGGUAGUUCCAACACUGCGACUGCUCAAACAAGCGCGUCAUCUACUGCCAGUACGACUAGUAAUAGCGACUCCGAAGACAAUACGUGUGAUGAUGAGGAUGAAUAUGACGAGGACUAUGAGUAUGAUGAAGAUGACGAAAACAAUACAUCGACUGCCUCUGCUGCUUCUAGUAGUAGCGCAAAUGCCACCUCGACGAAUGAAGAUGGCUCUAAUGUAUCAACUGCUAACUCAGACAGCACUGCGACUGCCAGCUCCACUACUGCCAUUUCGGGAGGCGACGUGUCUGCAACCUCUACUAAUGAUGAAGGCUCUAUUACGGCAGCUGCUGCAAGCAACAGCAAUGCCACUGCAACUUCCACGAAUGAUGAUGGCUCAAACACUUCUGCUACUGCAGACAGUAAUGCCACUGCCACUUCCACUAGUAGCAAUGAUUCGAAUACAUCCACUGCCAAUUCGGGAGGAGAUGCAUCUGCAACCUCCACUGAUAACGGUGGCACUAAUACUGCUACUGCUGAUUCUGGAAGCGAUGCAACUGCAACGACAAACAACGCAGGAGGAUCAAACACAGCAACUGCUGCAAGCGAAAGCAACGCCACUGCAACCACCACAAAUGCAGAUGGUUCCGAUAUAGCGACUGCAACAUCUGGUAGUACCGCCACAGCCACUUCCACUAAUGAUGAUGGCUCAAACACUACUGCUACUGCUGGCAGUGAUGCCACUGCCACUUCCACUAGUGGCAAUGAUUCGAACACAUCUACUGCCACUUCGGGAAGCGAUGCAACUGCAACCACAAACAACGCAGGAGGCUCAAAUACUGCUGCUGCUGCCGGCAACAGUAACGCGACUGCAACAUCUACAAACGGAGACGGCUCUAGCACAUCUACUGCAGCAUCUGGAAGUAACUCUACUGCUACCACAACGAACGCAGCAGGGUCAAGUACUGCCACUACUCAGAGCAACAGCUCAUCCACUGUAACUACGACAAAUGACAAUGACGCAGAAGACGACACAUGUGAUGAUGAGGACGAGGAUGACGAGGACUCUGAGGAUGAUGAAGAUACUGCAACCACCACCAGCACUUCUACUAGCAGCAAUACUACUGCAACCACCACUAAUGCAGGAGGCGCUAGCACAUCUACUGCUGCAGCAGAUAGCACUGCUACUGCCACCAGUACCAAUGGAGAUGGCUCCAACACAUCGUCAGCUGCGUCAGGAAGCGAUGCGACUGCCACCACGACUAAUGGGGAUGGUUCAAAUACUGCUGCUGCUGCCAGCAACAGCAAUGCCACUGCCACCAGUACUAAUGGAGAUGGUUCCGGUUCAGCCACUGCAACAUCAGGAAGUGACGCGACUGCAACUUCUACAAAUGGAGGAGACUCUAACACUUCUGCUACUGCAGAGAGUAAUGCUACCGCCACCUCCACUACUAGCAAUGAUUCUAAUACAUCUACCGCAGCUUCGGGAGGUGAUGCUUCUGCAACCACAACAAAUGACGGGGGCUCCAACACUGCUACUGCUGACUCUGGAAGCGAUGCAUCUGCAACCACAAACAACGCAGGAGGAUCAAACUCGGCCACUGCCGCAAGCAACAGCAACGCUACUGCAACGUCUACAAACGGAGACGGUUCCAACACAUCUACUGCAACAUCUGGCAAUGAAGCUACCGCCACUACAACUAACGCAGCAGGCUCAAGUACUGCCACUACUCAGAGCAACAGCUCAUCCACUGUAACUACGACAAAUGACAAUGACGCAGAAGACGACACAUGUGAUGAUGAGGACGAGGAUGACGAGGACUCUGAGGAUGAUGAAGAUACUGCAACCACCACCACCACUUCUACUAGCAGCAAUACUACUGCAACCACCACUAAUGCAGGAGGCGCUAGCACAUCUACUGCUGCAGCAGAUAGUACUGCUACUGCCACCAGUACCAAUGGAGAUGGUUCAAAUACGGCUACUGCUGCCAGCAACAGCAAUGCCACUGGCACCAGUACUAAUGGAGAUGGUUCCGGUUCAGCCACUGCUGCUUCAACUAGCAAUGCUACCAGUACCAAUGGAGAUGGUUCAAAUGCGGCUACUGCUGCCAGCAACAGCAAUGCCACUGCCACCAGUACUAAUGGAGAUGGUUCCGGUUCAGCCACUGCAACGUCAGGAAGUGACGCGACUGCUACUUCUACAAAUGGAGGAGAUUCUAACACUUCUGCUACUGCAGAGAGUAAUGCUACCGCCACCUCCACUACUAGCAAUGAUUCUAAUACAUCUACCGCAGCUUCGGGAGGUGAUGCUUCUGCAACCACAACAAAUGACGGGGGCUCCAACACUGCUACUGCUGACUCAGGAAGCGAUGCAUCUGCAACCACAAACAACGCAGGAGGAUCAAACACGGCCACUGCCGCAAGCAACAGCAACGCUACUGCAACGUCUACAAACGGAGACGGUUCCAACACAUCUACUGCAACAUCUGGCAGUGAAGCUACUGCCACUACAACUAACGCAGCAGGCUCAAGUACUGCCACUACUCAGAGCAACAGCUCAUCCACUGUAACUACGACAAAUGACAAUGACGCAGAAGACGACACAUGUGAUGAUGAGGACGAGGAUGACGAGGACUCUGAGGAUGAUGAAGAUACUGCAACCACCACCACCACUUCUACUAGCAGCAAUACUACUGCAACCACCACUAAUGCAGGAGGUGCUAGCACUGCUACUGCUGCGGCAGACAGCACUGCUACUGCCACUUCCAACAAUGGAGAUGGUUCCGGUUCUUCCACUACAACAUCUGGCAGUACAAGCACAGCCACUGCCAAUUCUGCAAAUGACGGAGGCUCUAAUACGGCAGCUGCUACAAGCAACAGCAGUGCCACUGCAACAACCACAAAUGCUAAUGGGUCAAACACUACUGCUACUGCGGGCAGUGAUGCCACUGCCAAUUCUACUAAUGAAGAUGGCCCGAGUACUGCUACUGCUGACUCUGGAAGCGAUGCAACUGCCACCAGUACUAAUGGAGAUGGUUCAAAUACGGCUACUGCUAACAGCAACAGCAAUGCCACUGCCACCAGUACUAAUGCAGAUGGUUCAAAUACUGCGGCUGCAACGUCUGAUAGUUCAGCAACAGCCACUUCCGCAAAUGAUGAUGGUUCUAACACUACUGCUAAUGCAGACAGUAAUGCUACCGCCACCUCCAAUAGUGGUAAUGAUUCGAAAACAUCUACUGCCACCUCGGGAGGCGACGCCACUGCAAAUUCUAGCAAUGAAGGAGGGUCUGCUACCGCUGGUUCUGGAAGCGAUGCGUCUGCAACGACAAACAACGCAGGAGGCUCAAAUACUGCUACAGCUGCCAGCAACAGUAACGCCACUGCAACAUCUACAAACGGAAACGGCUCUAGCACAUCUACUGCAACUUCUGGCAGUGAAGCUACCGCCACUACAACUAACGGAGCUACUAGCUCAACUACCACCACUACUCAGAGCAACAGCUCAUCCACUGUAACUACGACAAAUGACAAUGACGCAGAAGACGACACAUGUGAUGAUGAGGACGAGGAUGACGAGGACUCUGAGGAUGAUGAAGAUACUGCAACCACCACCACCACUUCUACUAGCAGCAAUACUACUGCAACCACCACUAAUGCAGGAGGUGCUAGCACUGCUACUGCUGCGGCAGACAGCACUGCUACUGCCACUUCCAACAACGGAGAUGGUUCCGGUUCUUCCACUGCAACAUCUGGCAGUACAAGCACAGCCACUGCCAAUUCUGCAAAUGACGGAGGCUCUAAUACGGCAGCUGCUACAAGCAACAGCAGUGCCACUGCAACAACCACAAAUGCUGAUGGGUCAAACACUACUGCUACUGCGGGCAGUGAUGCCACUGCCAAUUCUACUAAUGAAGAUGGCUCGAGUACUGCUACUGCUGACUCUGGAAGCGAUGCAACUGCCACCAGUACUAAUGCAGAUGGUUCAAAUACGGCUACUGCUAACAGCAACAGCAAUGCCACUGCCACCAGUACUAAUGCAGAUGGUUCAAAUACUGCGACUGCAACGUCUGAUAGUUCAGCAACAGCCACUUCCGCAAAUGAUGAUGGUUCUAACACUACUGCUAAUGCAGACAGUAAUGCUACCGCCACCUCCAAUAGUGGUAAUGAUUCGAAAACAUCUACUGCCACCUCGGGAGGCGACGCCACUGCAAAUUCUAGCAAUGAAGGAGGGUCUGCUACCGCUGGUUCUGGAAGCGAUGCGUCUGCAACGACAAACAACGCAGGAGGCUCAAAUACUGCUACAGCUGCCAGCAACAGUAACGCCACUGCAACAUCUACAAACGGAAACGGCUCUAGCACAUCUACUGCAACUUCUGGCAGUGAAGCUACCGCCACUACAACUAACGGAGCUACUAGCUCAACUACUGCCACUACUCAGAGCAACAGCUCAUCCACUGUAACUACGACAAAUGACAAUGACGCAGAAGACGACACAUGUGAUGAUGAGGACGAGGAUGACGAGGACUCUGAGGAUGAUGAAGAUACUGCAACCACCACCACCACUUCUACUAGCAGCAAUACUACUAAUGCAGGAGGCGCUAGCACAUCUACUGCUGCCGCAGACAGCACUGCUACUGCCACCAGUACCAAUGGAGAUGGUUCGAAUACGGCUACUGCUGCCAGCAACAGCAAUGCCACUGCCACCAGUACUAAUGGAGAUGGUUCCGGUUCAGCCACUGCAACGUCAGGAAGUGACGCGACUGCAACUUCUACAAAUGGAGGAGAUUCUAACACUUCUGCAGAGAGUAAUGCUACCGCCACCUCCACUACUAGCAAUGAUUCUAAUACAUCUACCGCAGCUUCGGGAGGUGAUGCUUCUGCAACCACAACAAAUGACGGGGGCUCCAACACUGCUACUGCAGACUCUGGAAGCGAUGCUACUGCAACCACAAACAACGCAGGAGGUCCAAACACAGCAACUGCCGCAAGCAACAGUAACGCCACUGCAACAUCUACAAACGGAGACGGCUCUAGUACAUCUACUGCAACAUCUGGCAGUAACUCUACUGCCACCACAACCAAUGGGAGUGGCUCAAGUACCACCACUACUCAGAGCAACAGCUCAUCCACUGUAACUACGACAAAUGACAAUGACGCAGAAGACGACACAUGUGAUGAUGAGGACGAGGAUGACGAGGACUCUGAGGAUGAUGAAGAUACUGCAACCACUACCACCACUUCUACUAGCAGCAAUACUACUGCAACCACCACUAAUGCAGGAGGCGCUAGCACAUCUACUGCUGCGGCAGACAGCACUGCUACUGCCACGGCUACCAAUGGAGACGGCUCCAACACAUCGUCAGCUACGUCAGGGAGCGAUGCCACUGCCACCACGACAAAUAGAGGAAGCACUAAUACGGCAACUGCUGAUUCCGGAAGCAAUGCUGCUGCGACCACAAACAACACAGGAGGCUCUAAUACGGCUACUGCUGCCAGCAACAGCAAUGCCACUGCCACCAGUACUAAUGGAGAUGGUUCCGGUUCAGCCACUGCAACGGCAGAAAGUGACGCAACUGCAACUUCUACAGACGAAGGAGAUUCUAACGCUACUGCUACUGCAGAUAGUAAUGCUACAGCCACCUCCAAUAGUGGCAAUGAUUCGAAUACAUCCACUGCCACUUCGGGAAGCGAUGCAACUGCAACCACAAACAACGCAGGAGGCUCAAAUUCUGCCACUGCUGCCAGCAACAGCAAUGCCACUGCCACUAGCACGGACAACUCCAAUACAUCGGCUGCGUCAGCGGACAGCAACGCCACUGCAACAACUACAAACGGAAACGGCUCUAGUACAUCUACUGCAACAUCUGGAAGUAAUUCUACUGCCACCACAACAAAUGGGAGCGGCUCAAGUACUGCCACUACUCAGAGCAACAGCUCAUCCAUUGUAACUACGACAAAUGACAAUGACGCAGAAGACGACACAUGUGAUGAUGAGGACGAGGAUGACGAGGACUCUGAGGAUGAUGAAGAUUCUGCAACCACCACCACCACUUCUACUAGCAGCAAUACUACUGCAACCACCACUAACGCAGGAGGCGCUAGCACAUCUACUGCUGCGGCAGACAGCACUGCUACUGCCACCAGUACCAAUGGAGACGGCUCCAACACAUCGUCAGCUACGUCAGGAAGCGAUGCCACUGCCACCACUACAAAUGGAGAUGGUUUUGGAUCAUCCACUGCUGCUUCAACUAGCAAUGCUACUGCCACUUCUACCAAUGGAGAUGGUUCAAAUACGGCUUCUGCUGCCAGCAACAGCAAUGCCACUGCCACCAGUACUAAUGGAGAUGGUUCCGGUUCAGCCACUGCAACGUCAGGAAGUGACGCGACUGCAACAUCUACAAAUGGAGGAGAUUCUAACACUUCUGCUGCUGCAUACAGUAAUGCUACCGCCACCUCCACUACUAGCAAUGAUUCUAAUACAUCUACCGCAGCUUCGGGAGGUGAUGCGUCAGCAACCACAACAAAUGAUGGGGGCUCCAAUACUGCUACUGCUGACUCUGGAAGUGAUGCUACUGCGACCACAAACAACGCAGGAGGAUCAAACACAGCAACUGCCGCAAGCAACAGUAACGCCACUGCAACAUCUACAAACGGAGACGGUUCCAAUACAUCUUCUGCAACAUCUGGCAGUGAAGCUACCGCCACUACAACUAACGCAGCAGGCUCAAGUACUGCCACUACUCAGAGCAACAGCUCAUCCACUGUAACUACGACAAAUGACAAUGACGCAGAAGACGACACAUGUGAUGAUGAGGACGAGGAUGACGAGGACUCUGAGGAUGAUGAAGAUACUGCAACCACCACCACCACUUCUACUAGCAGCAAAACUUCUGCAACCACCACUAAUGCAGGAGGCGCUAGCACAUCUACUGCUGCAGCAGACAGCAGUGCCACUGCCACCAGUACCAAUGGAGAUGGUUCGAAUACGGCUACUGCUGCCAGCAACACCAAUGCCACUGCCACCAGUACUAAUGGAGAUGGUUCCGGUUCAUCCACUGCUGCUUCAACUAGCAAUGGUACUGCCACCAGUACCAAUGGAGAUGGUUCAAAUACUGCGACUGCAACGUCUGAUAGUUCAGCAACAGCCACCUCUACAAAUGGUGAUGGCUCUAACGUUACUGCUACUGCAGAGAGUAAUGCUGCCGCCACCUCCAAUAGUAGCAACGAUUCUAAUACAUCUAGUGCAGCUUCGGGAGGAGAUGCAUCUGCAACCUCCACUGAUGACGGUGGCACUAAUACUGCUACUGCUGAUUCUGGAAGCGAUGCUACUGCGACCACAAACAACGCAGGGAGCUCAAAUACGGCUAGUGCUGCUGGCAACAGCAAUGCCACUGCCACUAGCACGGAUGACUCCAACACAUCGACUGCGUCAGCGGACACCAACGCUACUGCAACGUCUACAACCGGAGACGACUCUAGUAUAUCUACUGCAACAUCUGGCAGUAACUCUACUGCCACCACAACAAAUGGGAGUGGCUCAAGUACUGCCACUACUCAGAGCAACAGCUCAUCCACUGAUGAUGAAGAUACUGCAACCACCACCACCACUUCUACUAGCAGCAAUACUACUGCAACCUCCACUAAUGCAGGAGGCGCUAGCACAUCUUCUGCUGCGGCAGACAGCACUGCUACUGCCACCAGUACCAAUGGAGACGGCUCCAACACAUCGUCAGCUACGUCAGGAAGCGAUGCCACUGCCACCACUACAAAUGGAGAUGGUUCAAAUACGGCUUCUGCUGCCAGCAACAGCAAUGCCACUGCCACCAGUACUAAUGGAGAUGGUUCAAAUACGGCUACUGCUGCCAGCAACAGCAAUGCCACUGCCACCAGUACUAAUGGAGAUGGUUCAGGUUCAGCCACUGCAACGUCAGGAAGUGACGCGACUGCAACUUCUACAAAUGGAGGAGACUCUAACACUUCUGCUACUGCAGAGAGUAAUGCUGCCGCCACCUCCAAUAGUACCAAUGAUUCUAAUAUAUCUACCGCAGCUUCGGGAGGUGAUGCAUCUGCAACCACAACAAAUGAUGGGGGGUCCAAUACUGCUUCUGCCACAGGCAACGGCAAUGCUAAUGCGACUUCCAACAAUGGAGAUGGCUCCGGUUCAUCCACUGCCACUUCAGGUAGCGAUGCCACUGCAACAUCAACAACCGGGAAUGCCUCAUCUACUGCAACUUCUAGUGGCGAUGCUUCGGGCACUGCGACCAACCAAGGAGGCUCAAGUACUACCAUCUCUCAAACGAAUACCACAGUUACUAUCACCAACACUGAUGACGGCUCGGACGAGGAUAACUGCGAUACUGAUGAAGAUGAUGAUUCCGAUACAGAUACAGACGAUGACGAUGACUCUGAUGAAGAUGAUGAUAAUGAUUCAUCAGCAGUCACUGCUACGUCUGGGAGUAAUUCCAACGCCACCUCUACAAAUGGAAAUGGAUCGAGCACAGCUACUGCUAAUUCUGGGAGUAAUUCGACAGCUACCACAAACAACGGAGGCUCAAACACUGCGACUGCUGCAAGCAAUAGCAACGCCACUGCAAGCAGCAAUGACGGGUCAAAUACGGCUACUGCCACUUCGAACAGCGCAGCUACAGCAACAACCACAAAUGAAGGCUCCACAGCAACAGCAGGAAGUGGUGGAACUGCAACAUCUACUAAUGGAGAUGACACUAAUACUGCAACUGCUACUUCUGAAAGCGCAGCCACUGCCACUACAACAAAUAAUGGUGGCCAAAGUACUUCUACUGCCACAACUGCAACUAACGCAGUCGCAAGUGCUCAAAAUACAGGCUCUUCUGGUACGAAUACGGCUACUGCUACUGCGAAUUCUGCUGCUACAGCCACUGGGUCUAAUACUGCAACAGGAACUAACACAGCAACUGCUACAAGCAACAGUGUUGCCACUGCAACGAAUAACGGCUGCCAAAGUAAUACUGUAACUACUUCUGCUGGUAACAACGGUCCUACUACGAAUACUGGCAACACAGCACCAGUAACAAAUUGUAACAAUAGCAAUCAGAAUGGAGUACCAAACGUAAAUAAUGGAGGUUCUAUAUACACCAGUCACGUCAGUGAAUCUAAGCAAUCUUCAAGCAUCCACACGGCUAAGAAAACAGUCAUUACCAAGUCCAGCGACGGCAAAGAGUUCGUUGACACACAAGAGUCGGCAGCAAAUGUUUUUGACGCCAAGAGGUCUGAUGCUGAUACCUUUGAAAGCAAUAUUGGAGGGACUCGCGUUACUCAAGUGAGACAAAAUAAUGAAGAGUUAUACAACCAGGGUAACAGAUUUCAGGCUACAAAAUUAGAACGGGAUAGUGAUGGCAGUGUUAAGAGAGAAGUUUUUAAUGAUGUACAAGAAAGGGGACGGUAUAGAGCGCAGGAGUUUGAGAGGAAAAAGGUCGAAAGUUCCUAUGGUGUUAGUGACGUAAGCAGGAGGGAUGUUAAUGAGGAUACCUUUGAUAGACGGUUUAGAAGUAGGUCGGUGGACGGUACUGAUGUUGAUUGCGAUAAAUAAUCUGUUGAGUAUUUCAUAAUUCCAGAUCUUACCAAAGGCCAAAUCUAUAUUAACGAAACUAUUGAACUGAUUUGGAAAGCUACACAAUACCCUGACUACUAAGGCUAUUUUAUAAGGCAAGGGUGAAACUGCGAUACCAAUCAUUCAUCAUCAUCAUCAUCAUCAUCAUCUCAGCCAUGGGACGUCCACUGCUGAACAUAGGCCUCCCCCUUAGAUCUCUACAGAUACCUGUUGGAGGCGACCUUUAUAAGAUCGUCUGUCCACCUUGUACCAAUACCAAUCAUUAAGUCAGUAAAUUCGCACGACUAGUACAUUUUUUAAGUGUUAAACUAAAUAACACUAUGAGUGUCGUUUAAAAAUAUUCAAUGUCGAUCGCUGCUUUCAUAAAAACUCACCAUAUUUUAAAGUUUCUGCAGAAAUCUAUCACUUUUUAAGACGUUUACAUUUUUUAAGAAUUAUCAUGGCCGCGUUAAUUCCCAGUGAAAAAAAAGGGAAAACAGACAAUUAUUUUACACUGACAAGCUUCUCGCAACUAUUGUUUACACGAAAAUUUUGAGUGGAGGCGGGAAACUCGAAUUAAAAUGUGAUCCGAUAAACUUUUUAAUGCGAAAUAUACCGGUACAUCGAAUGUGAACUUAUACGACACAUUAAAAAGAAAAUAGUUGAAUUUUCCGUUACUAGUUGAAGCAUUCAGAUUCAUGAAUUACAUUUUUACACAUUUACUACAAAAUAUUUUCAAAUAAAUAAUUUCAGCAAAUUGCAUUCCAUACAAAAGCUGUCAAAACGUCAAACAUAUUCCUCAGAUAACAGUUAUCUGGCGAUUGAAAAAUCAGCCCUUAGGCAUUUAAAAUGAAAUACGAGUGGAUUUGUCGACUGUCGCCUGUUCCCAAUAUCUAUCGGUUGAUUUGCUAACUAAUAAGGGCUGAUUUUUCAAUCGCCAGAUAACUUCUAUCUGAGGAAUAUUUUUAACGUUUUGACAGCUUUUGUAUGGAAAAUAUGUCAAACCGCCAUAUUUAUUCCUCAGAUAGAAGUUAACUGAUGUUUGAAAAAUCAGGCCUUAAUAGAAUAUUUUGAACGUUCCUUUUACACGGCUUUAGUCAAUAAUUAGGAUAAAAAUAAGCAAACGAUUAACUGACUCCGAUAUGCUUUUUUUUUAGUUUCUAUGAUUUCAAAAUUUUGUGUUUGGAUAUAUUUUUUUUUUUUUUUGUAAAAUUGUCUUUGGUCUUGUUAAUAAAUUGACGAACAUUAUUUUUAUUUUAUUUUUUCUUAUGUGUUUGUGUAGUACCUUAGAUAUGAUUUUACCCCAUGAUUUCACUGAAGAGUUUUUUUCAACAAUAUGCGGACUUGUGAUGCGACUGGGCUUAAACUUUUGGCUGACUUAAACUUUA